AUGACAGAACGUCCGCUGAAAACAACUUUACUACCGAUAUAUUCCAAGGAAGAAGUGGAGCUGUAUAAAAAAAAUCGCUUAAGUAGCUUCCGAAAACGUGCAGAAAUGAUAAUCUUUGCCAUAGGUGGUAAAAUACCCAGAAAGGAAACAAUUCCAAAGCGCAACACAGAACUCACCAAUGAAAACAAGGCAACACGUGUACUGGCCAUUGUAUUUGUAUGUUUUUUUAUUUGUUGGACACCAUUUUUCGGUGCCAAUCUUGCAGUUGGUUUCUGCGGUGAACGGUGUGCCUUACCGCCAACGAUAGCAUCUUUUUUCCUAUGGUUAGGAUACUUCUCGAGCACUAUCAACCCUCUUAUUUACACCAUUUUUAACAGACAAUUCCGACGAACAUUCCUCCGAAUUUUUCGCUGUCAGUGUACCCAUUCCAUUCAGAGUACCUAUGUUGGCAAUUAUAAUUUGAGACGAACAGACAAUGAUGAUUGGGCUACAACUGAUCGAUCCGAUUUCCGAUGGGAACAAGAUCGCUACGAUGCUCUAAGCUACAACAAAAAUCUAGAUGAGAGUUCACGACAAGAACACUGUGUCCAUUUAAUACAGCCAGACAGCUCACCACCGACAACUAGCAGAAAAAUUGACUUACUUGAGCAAAAUGCACAAAUUAUAGUGAAUAAUCAAUCACAAACCACUCUCAAAGUGAAAGAUCUCACAUGGAAAGGUUAUGAAGUACUCGAUAUUUGUAUAACAGCUAGUUCAGAAGAUGGGGAAUUAUCGAAAUAG